CUGUGUCAUUGUAGUGUAUGGAAUCCUGCGGGAUUCGAAUGCUUCGAUCGAAAAUUGGCACAAAAUAAUAAAAAACGUUUAUGAAAAAAAAAAAAUAUUGAAGUAACAGAUUUUAUAGUUGACCAAGAAAAUACAUUAGCAGGCAAAUUAUUGAAGAGGACAACGUCAAUUUUGACCGAACGACAAAAAAUGCCAAAACCACCAAGAAAAAGAAAAGAAAAAAAUAACGAUGAUUGUUUGAAAUUGAAAAAACCAAAAAAAGUAACUAAACCAGAAUUAGGUGACAUCAACGAUACACCCACUGUCGAAGAAUCCUGGUAUAAAGGACCUGAUUCUUGUAGAAAGAAAAAAAAUAAAUACUUUACUAUAGCAAAAGAAAUGCGCUCAGCAGACUAUGAAGACAGUGAAGAUGAUAAAAUGAAAAAAUCUUUACAAGAAGAAGAUGUAAAUACACAAGAUCAAGACAACGAAUAUGAUAGAAUGGACACAUCAUUAGAUGAAGAAAAUAUAAACACACAAGAUGAAAUCAAUGAAAAUGGUAAAACGAAAACAUCACAGGAUGAAGAUGAUAUAAAUAAACGAGCUCGAAGUGAUUUCUUUGUAGAAUUAAGAGAAGAUGUUACUGCGAUAAAGGAAUUUGUGAUAGAUAGCUACAAAUUAACCAAUAUAGAUUUAUCGACACUACGGAAGUUUGAAAAAGGUAUUAAUCCCAAAGAACUGUGGCUCACGGAUAAUAUCAUUAAUGGUUUUGCCUCAAUGGAGGUAUCAAUAGCUCGAAAAAAUGCUCGAAAUAUUGAAAAUCUUGACAGUAUACUUACGUUUGCCAUGAUGAACAGCAAGAAACGCUCGCCAGUAGAUUAUAAUUCAUUUUUAAACCCAACCGUUAUGAAGUUUCGAUGGUGGUUAAUACCACUGUUCGUUAAUGAAAAUCACUGGACGCUUGCAUUCGCAGAUCGAGCGAAAAAAAAUUUAGUUUAUCUUGAUUCAAAUACCAUGAGUCGAGAUAAAUCAACGAAAGUCUUGUUGCCAAAUCAUAAACAUAAUCAGAUUUUAAGGAUGAGACGGAAACAUCUGAUAAACAAUGGUCUGUAUAUGCACCUCGAGACACACCUCAACAAGAAGACCAGCAUAACUGCGGAAUCCAUGUUUGUCUAUGGAUAUAUAUAAUAUGCAAUUCAUCGUAUAUGACAUUUACCGACAAGGAUAUGAAUG